AAACUGUCAAAACAUAAGCCGAUGUCGGACCAAAAAAUACCGCUAACGGCGUCACUCGUAAAUAAAAUUUCUUUUAUUUGACAAAGUUCAUAAAUCAGUAUACUAAUUUUAAUAGAACAGUAAUUUAUCAUAGUGAAUAUAAUAUGGCUCCCAGAAAACGUAAAAUUAAAGUGGUCGUCCCGGUCAGUUCGCCUGACAAAGCAAAGUUUAGUGUUGCCGUAAUACAGACCAUUCUGAACGCGCAAGAAAACGAAACAAGCCACGCAAAGCUGAUCAAGGAACUGAAGAACAUCUAUCCGUCGGUCGCCCAUGAGUCUUUCAUGAAGUCCUAUAUCCAAUCGCUUAAAGGUGCCAUGCAGCAUGACGAAACCAACGAAUACGCAAACAACAGACUUAAACUUUGUGCCAAAUUCAUCGCUGAUCCCGAUCACAGCGAGCAGGAUAUUACCCAUCCGAUUAUCAUAACGGCGUUUGAUUGGUUACUAAACACCAUUAGCCCUGCUGCAAUAGUCCGUUUCCGUAUUUGUCAGUUCGUUAAUCUGGUGCUGAACGCUAUGGGACCGGAAGCUUCUUUGGAUGACGAUAUCUGCGAUAAAAUUCUGCGAUACAUGUUGGAGCGGAUGCGCGAUGUCGCGCCGAAUGUGCGCGUCCAAGCCGUGCUGGCCCUGCAAAGAUUACAAAACCCGGACGACCCCGAAGACUGCGUUUUUAGAACGUACAUCUACCAUCUGGAUACAGAUCCAUCUCCGAAGGUUCGCCAAACGAUUAUUUCAUCGCUGGGGCGCAACUACCGUACCAUUCCGUACAUCAUCGAGCGGCUGUGGGAUGUGGAAGAACGUGUCCGUCGGCAUACGUACCUGCAGAUGAGCAGCUACCCGGUUAAACAGUACAAGGUGGCGCAGCGUUUGACAUUUCUGGAGCAAGGGCUGAACGACCAUUCGGAAGCGGUCAGGAAGGUGGUCAAAAACGUGAUGAUUCCCCAGUGGUUCGAAUCGUACCAGAAGGACUAUGUGGCGUUUGUUAAGGCGCUGAAGAUCGAUGCCGACGAAAAGGAGUUGAAACGCUUCCGUACUACUGGGAAACUUGCGCUGUUUGAGAUUUUCUCGAAAUAUGGAAUUGCAGAUGCUAUGACCAUGUUGGGUAUGCGUGAGGACGAUAAAACCGUCCCACUGGAAAACCUAACGAUAGAAACUGCAGUUUGCUGGCAGGCUUUGUUGGAAUUCCUUCAGAAAACGGAAUCUGAUGAGUUGGAUAGCUUGAUGGUCGAUCUGUCUACGUUCUGCAACUACAUCAAAGUAUUCGCCGAGACUCCUACUGCAUGCAACUAUAUUCGUUUGCUGGCGGAAGAUCCUUCUAUGAUCACCGACAAAUUGCAAAAAAUGUACUUCCAAUCGAUGUUGCAAAUCCUGUUAGAAAUUGUGGAUUCUUAUGAUUUCGGUGAUGAAUUCGGUCGAGAAACGUUGAAGAAAAUCCUGGCAGAGGUUCUUUGCUGUUGUGAGCUGGACGAGGACAAUGUGAAAAUCAUUCUGUCGAUUUUCGAACGACUGAUCGGAGAUGUUGAAACACGGUUCAAAUUCUUUGUCGAUUUAGUCAACAGCGUACUGGAGCCGUCUCGAACCGAUGUGUCUAACUCGUCGCGUUCGCUGGUAGAGGAAUAUCUUGAAAAGAACCCUGACAAGAGCCUCCAAAUGAAGAUCUCUCGGCUUCGGCUGACGAUUAUGGACUUGAAAGAACAAGAGAUGGAAAAGGUCAAUCGAAAGGACUACGCUGGUGCACAAAAAGUAGCCGAAGAGCUGAAUGUAGCAAACGAAGAAUAUGCCACACUGUUGAAACCAAUUUUGUUGGAGGUUUCAUCCACUAGCGAAGGAAGUUCCCUGUUUAGGGAAUCAAUGCUUAGAUCUAAGAAGAUCACUAAUGCAACCAUUAACAAAUGCUUGCAGAUAUCGUUCUAUCUCGUAAACAGCUCAACAGUGCAAUCGCUAACGCCGAUUGUAUGCGACCUGUAUAAAACAUUCAUCAAUCGUUACGUCGAAUCCGCUGAGAUUGCCACCAGAGAUUGGGCCCUACGAUGUUCGGUUGCGUUCAGCAUGUUGUACGAUGGAUUAUCAAAAGAAACGUUCCAAUUGUUGUACCAUCAAUUUUUCCGUAAUCACUGUACAAGAAUCUGGCAGACUUCGAUUGAGGGCAUUUUUGAGCUCAUGGACCAUUACGGAUUCGAACAUUUCGAUGUCGAAUCAAAGAAGGACGAAUCAAGAAAAAACACGCGCCAACUCUACAACACAAUGGACUAUUUGGACCAGGAGGACGAAGCCAAUACUUCGAGCACCGGAACGGGUGUAAAUUUGAUGCGCAUGAUGACUCACUUUUUCGAAACAUGCGAGGAUAAUGUUAUUUGCUCGGCCAUCGUUGAUGGUUUCUGUCGGUUGAUUCUGCAUGGUCACUGCACUUCGCAAGACAUCAUGUCAAAAUUGUUGCUCAAAUAUUUCAAUCCAACUACCGAACCGAAGACUCAACAAAUCUUGGGCAUAUUUUUCGAGUGUUUGAUCAAGAAGAAACGACAAGAAAUUUUACAAAAGGCUUUGCUGCAUACGUUGUUUACUAUAUUGGAGGCGCCAAACGACAGCCCCCUGCAAGAAGUAAAACCGGAACACGUGGUGAAGUUUGUCAUCGACUCUACCAAGCCGGUUUUCUGCAGCCCGGGAUUAAAUCCGCACAAUACGAUCGCUAUAUCUUUUCUGCAGAUUAUGCUGGACAAUCUUAACUACAAGGAUCUGUUAAAACUACUCAGCAAGGAGCUUUUAACUUUGGAAAUAUCAGACGACGCAGUACUUAAGAAUGACAUCAUCCAUUGCAUCGAUCAGAUUCUUCAAGAGCAAACACUCGAUCCUAAAAUUGUCAAGAAUCUAAAUGACUUUAAAGAGAUGCUUCAUGGCACCUAUCGCGAGUCACUGACAUUCUCCUCAUCUCGCGCACCACCGGCUGCUGCACCCGAAGAACAUGAUCCCGAUCAUCUUUCAGACCCUGAUGAACCUCCAGAAGUAGCCUUAGAUGAAGAGGAACAACCCAAAGACCCUAAAGAAGUGCCUCAGAUCAACAAGUCUUCUCUUCAAAAAGAUGACAGUGUACUAACACAAUCUUCUCCGGCCAAACCAGCGACGGAACCUACCCCAGCUUCGCCGAUCGUGCCACAAACUCCAACCACAUUUGGCACUGACAAUGCAUCUGGAAUGAAAUCGCUGCGCAAAUCGAUGAAUGUUUCCGAUAGAAAUGUGUCCAGGAACGUAUUCAAAGUUCCGGACGCCAACGCCACUAAGAAGCUGCACCAAAAGAAACAGAAAGCAAUCGCGCAAAAGAGUAAACCCGACGAUGAAUCCGAAACGGGCGGAAGCGACGAAUCACCAGAAUCGCCAGAAAGUGAAGAAGCUGACACCGCAAUGGAAGAAUCGUUUGCAAUUCCUUCUACGCAGGACAUUUCUGGAGUUUCAACCAUCGAUGGAGAUAGCUCUAUUUUGCACUUGGAAAUUCCAGAGACGCAGCAACCCAUGGAAGGACACAGCACUCCAACCCAGAGGACACCUUCGAAGAGAAAGAUUUCUCACGGUAGUACAGAAGAGGAGGAUGACGAUGUUGUCGAUACAUCUCCAAAUGUUGUGACAAAUCGCCGAGAUCGUUCAAUGAUAAUUCCUGCAGUUUCCGCCAAGUCGAUGGCGAAGUCGUUCAGUGCCGCAAAAGCUGAACAACCGCGUACUCGCCACACUGCUCGUAAAGAAAUAAUCAACGCUAAGGUAAUGACGCGCAAAUCUCUCACGGAUGUGACGACUGCCUCGCGCGGAUCUAAACGGGGAAGUCUAACCGGUAUCGAACCCUUAGAGCCGAGUCCCCCAGCCAGAAGAAAAAAUCGAAGCUCUGCUAGUGAUGAAAGCGGAACAUCCAAGAAAAUAGACGACAAGCUUACUCCAUCAGCUGCUAAAACAAAACGAUUAGAGACUAGUAAUGAGAAAAAUGACUCCGCAGAAAAAUCAGCCUCAAAAGAACGGACUAACAAGUCUAAGAAAUCCGAUGAUAAUUCUAAAGAAUCAGAAGAAAGGCCUAAGCAAUCACUCCAAAAAUCUAAGGCAUCAGCUGAAAAGUCCAAAGAAUUAGCUGAAAAGUCCAAGAAAUCAAAUAAAAAAUCCAAGGAUUCAACUGAAAAGCUUACAGAAUCCGCUGAAAAAUCUAAGGAACCUAGUGAAACGGCUUUGAGUAAAAACAAAACGAGUACAACUAAGAAAGCAGAUAAAACUCGAACCGAUUCCCCUGCUUUACGGACUAGCAGAAGAAAUUUGAACAAGGGUGAGACGACAGCUCCUUCUUCAUCCAAAAAAGAUUCCGAAAAGGAACCAACUGCGAAAAAGGAUCCCCAGGAUAAGAGAAAGUCUGUUCCGGAAAGAGUAUCAACUCGAAAGUCACUAGAGAAACCCAAGACUCCUUCUAGUGAGAAACCGGAGAAAACGUCCACUCGUUCAGCAUCUAAAGCAGUCCCGCCAUCUGCAUCAGAAAAAUCUUCCUCGACCCGCCAGAAAGCCGCACAGGGUUCACCCUCAACAUCGACCCCUACGAAUAAAUCGCAAAGUGGCACCACCAAAAAUCAAGUGAAACGCACCAUUGCCACCCGCCGUUCCAAGGGCAGCAUUUCCAGUUCACCGGCAGCAACGCUCUCGGUUUCCUCCGUUGGCAGUCAGGAUUCGUCAACGUCAACGAGUCCUGUGCGAAACAAACGGGUAGCGGUGACGCCUUUGAGUGGCGAAAGUGCCAUUACUACGAGGAGCACUUCCACCCCAACACGUCCUGCCCGGAAAGCGGCCAAGAAGUAGAAGUUCUAGUAGCAUAUCAACCGGUCAAUAGUGUGCAAAAUGUGUCAUUUUGGAGUAGGUUAAUCUUUAUUGCUUGUAGCUGAUGUUUUUUUGCUGUGGGAAUACAUUAAUAUAUAAUAGAAAAA